UAAGAAUUUUAAAAGCGACACAAUAAUUUCUGUAAUUCAUUCCAGUACAAGAUUGGCAAAAAAGGUGUAUUCAUACUAUAAAAGCGAAGCGGAAAAAAAGUGUUUAAAAAAAAUUAUUAUAAUUUAUAUGAAAAAUAAUAAAAAUAAAUUUUAAAAGACGUAUAAUAUUAAAAAAAAUUUUAAGUAGUUGUGAAAAAAAAAAAUUUUUUAUAAUAAUGGGUAAACAUUAUUUGAAGUGUUUGGGAUGUAAUAUUGUGUGUGAGGCAAAAAAGCCGACACGAAAAUUUCAUUUGUUGCCAAGAGAUGUGGAGAGGAAAGAAAUCUGGUUGAGAAAGUUAAAUAGAUAUGAUUUAAUUGGCAAAAAUAUUUCGCGUGACUAUCGCGUAUGUGAAAUACAUUUUCCGAAGAAUAGGCUGGGUAAAACUGGAAGGGUAUUAAGAGAUGCAGUUCCUGUCGAAGUAGCAAAGAACAAUACUUUUUUUGAAGAAAAAAUUCACGAAAAAAUCUUGAUUGGUUCACAACAAAAUGUAGUUGAAUCAAAGAUUUCAAAAGAAGUGGAAAAAGAGCCAGAGUUUUCGAAAUCGGAAAUUCAAACGGAAAAAAAUAAUGAAAUUCAAAUCAAGAAUGAGUGUUCACUUGACUUUGGUGAAGGUUCAAAACAGAGUGAAACAGAGCCAUUGAUUUCAAUUAAAGAGGAAAUAGAAGAAACCUCCUAUAGGAUAGAAGAAAAUUUAAAUUUACCAACAACUUUUCCAGUGGCUGAUUUGAAGGUUUGUGAACAAAAUCAGGAUUUGCCAGUAAAAAUCGAAAUAGAAAGUGUAGAUGAUCCUUUUCAAACAACUGAGUGUCUAGUCAACGUUAAUAAUCCCUUAGCAGUUAAUGAAAUAGAUCCCCUAAUCUCAGUCAAAGACGAAAUAGAAGAAAAACCAAAUUUACCAGAAGGAGGUAAGGAAAUAUUGAAUCAGUGAAUUAUAAAGAGAUUAAAAAUUUUUAUGAUUACAAAUUUAUGAAUUUUCAGAAAGAGUGGAAACUUUUGGCAAGCAAAAUGAAAUUUCUCAAAAAAUCAAUUCCCUGCAACAAAAUAAUAAAGAAAAAUCCACAGCAAAUAUAAUACAGCAAAAUAUAACAGGUUCUAGUAACGGAGAGAGACCAAAAAGAAGACGAUCACAUGAAGAAGAAAAAAAUAUUGAUUGCGUAAAUUGUAAAAGGCUAGAAAAAGAAAGUGAAUUUUAUAAGGAAGAGUAUCUUUCUAAGAAAGAGAAAUGUUCUCAAAUAUUAGAAAGAGUGAAAAUAUAUGCGGAUGUAAUUGAAUCGAUGGUUCAAAGCAAUAAAAUUAGUACCACAGAAAUUCUAAAUGAUUCAAGUAGUGGAAAAAUUGAGUUAGCUGAGAAAGUGCAAGAAAAUAACUAUAACUUGUUAAAACAAAUUGAAACAUUAAAGACAGAACUACACGUUUUUAAUUUUACACAUUGUUCAUUAAAAGUAUCAACAAAUAACAAUUGAUUUUUUUGAUUUGAACAUAGUAACAGAAUUAUAAUAAAAUAAUGUUAUACUACAUAAAGAAAAUUAAAAUAAAUGUACUUAAUAAAACAC